AUGUUCUUGGAGGUGGUGCACGUGCAGCUCCCAGACUUGAGUGCGUCAUUUGGCAAGUUGCCCCCUUGCGGACCACAUGCACAGGCCAUGCCGCCUUCCGUCCAUGCUGCGGCCCAGCAGCGAUACCGACCGAUUUGUUGCCUCGUGCGUUGCUUUUGUGAGUCCCACUGCGUCCCUGAACCUUUGCUACAUCUUGCUAGGGUGGCCUCGGCAGCCAUGCACGCAGCCGCCUCCCAAGUGCGGAAUGUCCUCCAAGAGGCGGGUCAUCGCUCCUUUCUGGUGUUGGAGAAGUCUCUCCUAAGUGAUUCCUUGAGGGCACGUGCGCAGGCAAGAAGAGCAAAUCGCAGUGAUUCCUGUGCCCUUCUUUUUUGCCGUGAUUGUAGCCGCCUGAAGGCACAAACUGGAGAGGAUGGCGGUGCCUGGCUCGUGCUGCGCUCACUGCUUCUCCUUCAGCAGAAAGCACUGGAAAGUCCUGCAACUUGUUUAGGUUGA